AGUCCUUUCACCCAAAACCAUAACUGAAACUCCCCUCUCCAUAUCUCUCUCUCUCUCUCUCUCUCUCUCUCUCUCUCUCUCUCUCUCUCCCCCACACUCUCCUCACACACACACACUCGCACGCACGUACACACACACACACAUACAGGCCGUAAACAGUCCGCCGCGACUUUCAGAGACGAGACGUUGAAAAUGGGAAGAGAUCAAUGAGGUGUGAUUGGCGAUCAUGUCGCUCUCGUGCUCCGACUGCUUCUCCGACCUACUCUGCGGCGAGGGCUCCGGGUUCCUGUCCGGAGAAUCACCGGAAUGCUCAUCGGACCUCGAUUCUCAGGCGUGCAGCGUGGAAUCGAUAAACGAGUUCAUCGAGUACGAGCGGAACUUCGUGCCCGGGUUCGAUUAUCUGGCUCGGUUCCGCUCCCAGUCACUCGACGCGUCUGCGAGAGAAGAAUCUGUUGCCUGGAUUCUCAAGGUUCAGGCUUAUCACGGCUUCCAGCCAUUGACGGCGUACCUCUCCGUUAACUACCUGGAUCGGUUCCUUUAUUCUCGUCGCUUGCCGGAAACAAAUGGGUGGCCACUGCAACUAUUAUCUGUAGCUUGCUUAUCAUUAGCUGCUAAGAUGGAGGAACCUCUGGUUCCUCCGCUAUUGGAUCUUCAGGUGGAAGGUGCAAAAUAUAUAUUUGAACCAAGAACGAUUCGUAGGAUGGAGCUCCUUGUGCUUGGUGUUCUGGAUUGGAGGCUCCGAUCUAUCACGCCGUUCAGCUUCAUCGCCUACUUUGCAUGCAAACUCGAUUCAACAGGAAUUCAUGAUGGGUUUCUACUUUCCCGGGCGACUGAAAUUAUUUUAUCUAAUAUUCAAGAGGCUAGCUUUCUUGAAUACUGGCCAUCUUGCAUUGCUGCCGCAGCCAUACUUUGUGCAGCUAGUGAAAUUCCAAACCUGUCUCUUGUUAAUCCUGAACAUGCUGAAUCAUGGUGUGAUGGUCUGCACAAAGAGAAAAUCAUCGGCUGCUACAGGUUAAUGCAAGAAUUUGUGAUUCAUGACAAUAGCCGGAUCAGGAAGCCCCCAAAAAUCUUGCCCCAGCUUCGAGUAACAAUUCGGGCGAGAACGAGGUCUAGUGUCGACUCCUCCUCGUCGUCAUCGUCAUCAUCUAAUAAAAGGAGGAAAUUAAAUAACUGCUUAUGGGUAGAUGAUGACAAAGGAAACUCCGAGGAAGGGCUAUAAAGUGAAAAGAAAAACAAAAAAAUAAAAAAUAAGAAGAAAAGAAAAUGGCCGGGGGUCUAAGUUGUCUAGAAAACCUGAUAUAGUUUUUGGAGGGUGUUGAUAAUAUCAGAUUGACUUCGAGUGAUGGUGUAGAUUAUAGUAUGUAUAAUGUAUGUAUCAGAGUUUGGCGAGUUUGGAGAUAAAAGUUAGUUUUUUUUUAUUAGUUGGUGGGCAUCGCCAUUAAUUCAUUAACAAUGGCUUUGCAGAUUCCCAAGGGAGGGGGAUUUGUUACAUAAAACGUUUUGGUAUGAGAAAAGUGACCGAGAGAGAGAGAGAGAUGUUUAAUAGUGGAGUCAUGGUGUGUGACAGAAGUGGGGGUAUUGAAUUCAAAGCAACAUUGAUUAUUGAAUGAAAGAGGGGGUGAUGGUGGGGGCCAUGCAUGUUUAACACAGAGAGAGAGAGAGAGAGAGAGAGAGAGAGAGAGAGAGAGAUAUCCAAGGCACUGCUGUGCAAAUACAAAGGGAUUGAAGUUUGAAGAUUGGGCAGUUUAUGGGAUUUACAAAGUCAAGCUUCUCAUCUGGCCACCAUCAUUGCUUCAACUGCUGCUGCUGCAGCCUGCAUCCGUCUUUUCAUGAAUACGGGGAGGGGAAUAAGACGGGCUCCGUUUAAUUAGACUUCUUAUAUUUAUUUUUCUCCUUUUUUUUUUUUUUUUUUUGAGUGGUAUGUGUGCACACGCUUUACUGUGUGACACACACGUGUGUAUGAGUGCUUUUUUGGCGGCAACUGCCCUAUUUUUUUUUCAUUAAUUGGCCUUGGGCUCGGCCUAACCUUACUGAAGAUCAACUCUUUAAGUGGUGUUCACGCGUGUGUUGGUACGUACACGUGUGUAUACUCUUUCGUUUUUUGUAAAAUUUUUUUUAUUUGGGUAGAGGAGAAACCUCUUUCGUGGCCUAAGUUUGGCCUAACAAAUAUAUACAAAGGUCUUUGGGGCCUUUCAAUAUGCGUGAUGUAUUUUAUUCAUGAUCAGUAUAAUAAUUUUUGUACAUUUCUUUCA